UGCAGUCUUAAAAAAUACGUAUGUUGAAAGAAAACUUCCAAGUUGUGUAGCAGUACAUGUGCUGCAGAAAGCUCAGAUUCUUGCUUUGAUAAGGCUACAGUGGCAUGAUGAAGCACAAAUCAAAUGAGUUUGCUAGGAAUUGUAUGCUCUCCCUUUUAGGUGAUGUGUAGUGCAGCCCAGUUCUGGAUGUAGUCUAUACAGAGAGACAGCAAUUAGAAAUGAACCAAACUCAUUGCUUCAAAAAUAGAGAAAAUUAAGGAUAUUUGGAAAGCUAUGAAAUAUUUGCAAGUUCUCCUCAAAAAGAUAUGGAUAAGAAAAUGGGUGAAGAGCAGCCCUUGAAUGCGUGUAACCAGUACCCUAAAGAAGCGGUGAGGAAACGUCAGAAUUCGGGUCGAGGUUCCAGGGGCAGCGAUUCUUCCAGGACCUCCAGGAAAAGCUUCAGGCUGGACUACAGAUUAGAAGAGGAUGUAACUAAAUCAAAGAGAGGCAAAGACGGGAAAUUUGUCAACCCGUGGCCAACGUGGAAAUCACCAACCUUGCCAAAUAUUUUGAAAUGGUCCCUCAUGGAAAAAAAUAACAGCAAUGUGCCAUGCUCAAAGCAGGAACUCGAUAAAGAGCUUCCAGUGUUAAAACCUUACUUUGUUCAGAAGCCGGAACUUGCUGGGAAGACAGGAACUGGUAUGCGAGUCACGUGGUUGGGACAUGCCUCCGUUAUGGUGGAAAUGGAUGAACUCAUAUUUCUUACUGACCCAAUCUUCAGCCAGCGAGCUUCCCCUACUCAGCUGGUGGGUCCCAAGCGCUUCCGAGGACCUCCGUGCACAGUAGAGCAGCUCCCCAAAAUAGAUGCGGUCAUGAUCAGCCACACACAUUAUGAUCAUUUGGACUACAACACUGUAACGAGUUUAAAUCAACGUUUUGGGAGUGAGCUGCGCUGGUUUGUGCCUCUAGGGCUCUUGGACUGGAUGCAGAGAUGUGGUUGUGAGAACGUGAUUGAACUGGAUUGGUGGGAAGAGAACUGUGUCCCUGGUCAUGAUGCGGUAACUUUUGUCUUCACCCCUUCUCAGCAUUGGUGCAAAAGGACUGCAACAGAUGAUAACAAGGUUCUCUGGGGCAGCUGGUCUGUUUUGGGACCUUGGAAUAGGUUUUUCUUUUCAGGAGAUACUGGAUAUUGUGUGGCUUUUGAACAGAUAGGUAAAAGGUUUGGACCUUUUGAUCUUGCAGCCAUCCCCAUUGGAGCUUACGAGCCAAGGUGGUUUAUGAAAUACCAGCACGUGGAUCCUGAAGAAGCAGUAAGAAUCCAUAUUGAUGUUCAGGCGAAGAAGUCCGUAGCAAUUCACUGGGGGACCUUUGCUUUAGCAAACGAGUAUUACUUGGAUCCUCCAGUUAAACUGAAUGAAGCUCUUGAAAGAUACGGCUUGAAAAAAGACGACUUCUUUAUCUUAAACCAUGGAGAAUCACGGGACUUGAGUACAAAUGAUGGAUUUGAAUAAUGAAGCAGUAGCAGUUCCUUCUAAGCCUCGUUUGAUUUGAACUAGCAAUUAAUGUUACAUAUAUUAACAUGAUGUACUUACAAAGUAGAUUUUUUGGAGUGAAUUGGAUUUUUAGAUGCCAGGUUUGUCAGUUUCAGAACUAAACCUUGCAUACCGCUUUCAUGAUAAAUUUAGUAGUUAUAUUGUUUAUAAAUUUUAAGAGGUCAUCUAAAAACUGGUUAAUAUAUAAGGUAUUGUCCAGGAAUAAUUUGCAGUUUCAACUCUUAUGUACACCACUGAUAAAUUACUGUGGGGUUUUAGGUUGGGUUUUUUGGGGGGGGUGUGUUUGUUUGUUUGUUUGUUUUCUUUAAAAACACUUCAUCUUACCUGCAACAGCAAUAAUAACCUCAGCACAGGACAUACGCUUAGAAUUAAUGGCUGACUUGAAUUAGUCAUUGUUAGAAUGUCAUCUCCCGCUUGUCAGUCAUUAAUCUUCAGGUUAUGCCCUGUACCGUGAUAGCUUCACUGUAUGGUUGUGGGGUGGAGUCUUCCAAUACAGCCGUGUUGUUAAAGCACAAGCACAGUAAAAUAAUUAUUUUACUGAUUGCUUCUACAUUUGCAUAUACUGACAAACCACAAAAGCUGAAUUUUACAAUGAUCUAAAGAAAUGUGCCUUUUAAAGAGAGAUAUAAUUUAAUAUUGCAUCAUUGAUGCGUAAAACUUAACUGCUGGCCAGAGUAUCUGCACACUGUCAUUGUUUUGUCAAUAUUUUUAAGUUAGGCCUGAAUGUGUCUAAAAUAAGUUUCUUGUCAAAUGCAGUACAUGAAGUCGAAGAAUCCCUUAAUGGCGCUUGUCUUUGCAUUGC